AUGGCAGAAACGAGGUAUGCAGUGGUUACAGGAGGAAACAAGGGAAUUGGUUUUGAAAUCUGUAAACAAUUGGCCUCCCAAGGAGUUACAGUUGUUCUAACAGCCAGGGAUGAGAAGAAAGGCAAUGAAGCUGUGGAGAAGCUUGUUAAAGAUUCUGGGAUUUCUGAUAAAAAUUUGAUCUUUCAUCAGCUUGAUGUGAUGGACCCAAAUAGCAUAGCCACCCUGGUUGAAUUCAUCAAUUCCAAGUUUGGAAAGCUUGAUAUCUUGGUUAACAAUGCCGGAAUCGGGGGGAUAAUAGUAGAAGGAGAUGUUUCAGUUCUUCAUGAGACAAUAAUGGAAAGUGCUCUCAGCAUGACUGGUCAAGAAGUACCUGAGAUGAAAUCAACUGGAAAAAUCGUUUACACUUAUGAUUUAGCAGAAGAGUGCCUGAAAACUAACUACUAUGGUCCAAAACAGUUGGCUGAAGCAUUUAUCUCACUCAUGCAGUCAUCUCCUUCGCCUAGAAUUGUAAACAUCUCCUCUUCCAUGGGGAAGCUUGCGCUCUUAUCCAAUGAAUGGGCUAAAAGGGUGCUUAGUGACGGCGAAAACCUGACUGCAGAAAGAGUAGAUGAGGUGGUAGCACAGUUUCUGAAAGACUUCAAGGAGGGCACAGCAGAAGCUAAAGGCUACUGCAGAACUGAUAUAACCUGCAGCAAUGGAUUUCUUACUUCAGCAGAAGGUGCUGAAGCUCCUGUGAUGCUUGCAUUGUUGCCUAAUGGUGGCCCUUCUGGCUCAUAUUUUUUAGGAAAAGAAGUGACCACUUAUUAG